CGCGGCUUCGCGCUUCUCAAUCGCCUGUCUCAGUCAUAUCCUAGUAAACUACAGUAUAACUAUUGUUAAUCAUGGACCCGAAUGGACCACUGUCGAAUAACGUUUGUCAGACACAUAUGAAAUCGAUUAUUGAAUUUACUGAAAUGUCGCCCUUCUGUUUACCCAGUAAACGCAAACGAAAUGAUGGGAAUAAUUUUAAUGGCAACGAGGAGGAUGGUCCUAAAGUUUUUCCCUCCAAAGAGAGCUUGAGGAAACAUGGUUUUGUCUCGAUUGAUGGCCAGAGAGGUGUGUACUACUCUGAGAGCUGGGAGCCCAAUGGAAGCACUUUAUACCUGCCUGUAAAUGGCACUUUGUUAGCCAACAUUGAAAAAUAUGAUCAGAUCAGCUUUGAGCAGGGAUGCUUUUGCAUAGGCAAUGCAGCAGGUGGAUUUCAACAGAAAGUCCAAGGUCAAACGAUUCAUUGCUGGCGAUAUAGUGAACGUGAGAAAAAGCUUUUCAUUGCACUCUCUUAUUUGUUUACAAACAUGCAGGUAUUCCAGGAAGUUGUCAGCUCUCUUGAUUGUCUCUGAGGAUUCUGGGUAGACAGAGUUGGCCAGUAUCAUCUAAACUAAAAAAGCGCAGACCAAUCCUAUGUUUUUUUUUUUUAGCACAACCUAGACAUUUCUCUUCCUUGUUACAAUGUAAUUUUUAACAUAUUGUGAUACCAACUGACAUAUGUGCCUUUAUGACUGUAUAUUUCUGUUUUGUGCUUGUUACAGUGAAUUACAGUAUAGAUGUUAUUAUGACAAUGUUAUUAUUUUAUUAGUAUGGAUUCUUAUUUGUUUUGCAUGACAAAGAGCUAUAAGCGAUCCUGCAGCCUCAGUUAUUGCUCUGAACCAAAACAUAACACGAAAAUACUGUAUUUUAGAUUCCUGUCAUGUAACACUUGUAAAGCUUGAUUUUGUGCACAACAUUUGAACUCCAAGAAUGUUUGUACUGCUAUAGUACAUUGCUGUUGAAUGUGUAUUAGUUUGAUUUUGGUGACUUUUUAUCAUUUUUACAAUAAAAAGUAAGACUAAAA